AUGCGUCGAUCGACCGGAUUCACGGAGCCAGUGAGUUUUCAUACUGUUAUGGCGAGACAAGGUACAGGAAGCAGAGGAGACCGUGAAGUGGAAAUUCAGUUCACUAAUAUGCAGCUCAUCGGGUCCGGUUCCUUCGGUGCAGUAUACAAAGCAGUACUCCGUGAAAACGACGAGCCAAUUGCCAUUAAAAAAGUGAAGGUUGAUGACAGAUUCAAAAGUCGUGAGCUCACUAUCAUGCAUGAAAUGGAUCAUCCAAAUAUUGUCAGAUUACUCUAUUACUACCACAUGCAGCAAGAAAACUGUCUCAAUUUUGUCAUGGAGUUCAUGCCAAAAGACUUGGCUUAUGUACACCGCCAAUUUGCGCAUAAUGACAAACAAAUGCCAGCAGGGCCUAUCAAACUUUACAUGUUCCAACUUCUCCGUGGUAUUGGAUUCCUUCACUUGCAUAAUAUUGUUCAUCGCGAUAUUAAACCGAAAAACCUUCUUGUUGACGAAGCUAAUGGCAUCCUCAAAAUUUGCGAUUUUGGAUCUGCAAAGCGUCUAUCGAAAAAUGAACCUAAUAUAACUUAUAUUUGCUCAAGAUACUACCGGGCGCCCGAGCUCAUCUUCGGAUCAAAGAACUAUGACACUUCUAUUGAUACAUGGUCGGUUGGAACUGUGGUUGGGGAGUUGCUACAUAACGCCCCGAUUUUCUUAGCUGACUCAGCCAUCGACAUUCUCGCUCAACAAAUCAAGGCAUUUGGAACCCCUUCCAAGGAAGACAUGACCAAAUGGAAUUAUGAAUUCGUUCACAUUCCAUAUGACACAAUAACAGGAGUGGGUAUCCAAAAGUACAUCGGUCGUAAACUAUCCCUGUCGACUCUUGAAUUGCUCAACAGCCUGCUCAAAAUGGACCCAAAACUUCGUAUCAAACCUUAUCACGCUCUUGCUCUCCCGUACUUCGAUGAGCUCCGAGAUCCCCAAUACAAACUUCCAAGUGGUGCUCCGAUGCCUCAACUCUUUGAUUGGCUUGAAAAAGAGUAUAUUGCCAACCAUGAGAUAAUUAAAGACAUUUUCCCGAGAACUGAGGAAGGAGACAAAGUUGAGUGUUUGUGA